UGUCAUUGGGGGACUUGUGCUAAAACAUUCAACAGCCCGGAUGAUCUUUACGACCACAUCUGCGAGGAGCACAUCGGACGAAAAAUCCACAAGAACCUGUGUCUGCAAUGCUCUUGGCAGGCAUGCGGUUAUACCGGUGCCAAGAAGCAGGACCAGAUCACGUCGCACAUCCGUGUCCAUACCAAACUG